AUGCCGCGAAAAGCGCUGAAAGUGUUGGUUGAGUUAAAGUUCAGAGCGGUUUCUUGUCCUGGAGUUUACCUGCAAGCCAAAGAUGAUAUCUACCUCAGCAUGUGCUUCAUGAGCCAGUACCGUCAGUCUAAAUGUCUCCCUGCUGUCUUCCCUCUGCUGUUCCAUGAGAAGAUGAUGUUUGAAAAGAUUUUCAGGCAUGCAGUUGAUCCUGGAGACAUCGCUGUAAUGCUUGAGUAUGAGAUGAUCAGAGUUGAGCUGGUGCAGCUGGUCCCCCCUGCAGGGGACACUCUGGCCUGCUUCGAGGAAGAUGCUCGACGGUUCUUGUACCCAGAGCCCAGACUGGUUCCCUCCUUCUCUGGAGUGGACCGAAAGAUUCUGAUGACCCGAGCAGCUCACUUUCCAGGCAUUGCUCCGAUGUUGGAGUUCUCCACCAAAACCACCAUCAUUGAGUGCUCAGCUGAUGCAGAGGUCAACAUUUACCCCAACGUACCCUUGAGUCCAGAGAUAAAGAGAAACACAAAGUGCUCCAGCAGACCCAGGACCUGCUCUCCUCAGAGGACACAACCUCAAACCUUUGUAAGGAGAAAAGGUGGCAGGAUGGACAGAGAAAAAAGGAGCACUUCCAGGUCCCAGUCCCUGUCCCCACUGAGAGCGGGAAACACCCAGCGUCUGGCCCACCUCAGCCUGGACUCUGCAGCUCCCAUCCCAGCAGACAUGGACACAGCCAGCAGCUCCCAGCCUGCUGGAGAGAAAUCUGAGGGCGACUCAAGCUCUUCACAAACAGAUGAUCCUGUUGACAACCACUGUGGUCCUGACCCUGCAGCACUGUUGCGGUCUUAUAAACAACAAGCCAGGCUCAGCAGGUCUCCAUCCAGUUCUCACAGGGAAUGGGAAGAAGUCCAUAAGCGUGUUCAAGGACUCCUGACGACGCCAAAAGCUGUACGUCGACUCAUCUACGGGGCCACAGUGUGUGAGGUGGACAGGGUUUUGGCUAGAAGAUCCAUCUCUCCAGGUCCACCAUGA